AUGAUCUAUAGAUUUCCAGUUGGCUGGCGAGCGGUCAAUAGUCUAGUCCGAGGACCAGCUGGGCUAGCUAAUCUAGAGAUGUCAUCUCACAUUCCAUCACAAAACGCAUCAACCCCAGCUUCGUCUGUUCAUCCUUCUGAAGCAAAUGUCCAACAGACGUUGACGCUAGCAGAUCGGUCUGUGGACGAGACAGGUCGAGAGAUUGAUCAGUUCAAAGACAAGUUCCUUGGGGGCGACGAGAAGAAGAAAGAGUCUUCCAAGGAGCAAGAGUCACAAUCACAACCCCCGGGUCUGCGUCCUCAGGGAGGGCCACAACUUCCCCCUGGCUGGGUAGCACAAUUUGAUCAAAAUAGUCAGCGUUGGUACUACCUCGAGCAAGCCACUGGCAGGACACAAUGGGAUCCACCCUCAUUCUACCCGUCGCAACCCCCACCGGGAUCUGGUGCUCCUCAUGGAGCUCAGGCACCUCCUUCACAGGGCGCCCAGUAUGGUGGAGUGUACCCCGCGUCAGGCGAAGAGAAAAAGGAGGAGAAAAAAGACAAGAAGGACAAAAGUGGUCGAAACAUUGCUCUUGGUGCAGCCGGAGGUCUGGCUGCUGGCGGUGCACUUGGCUAUGCAAUGCGUACGAGCCUUGCAAACAUCGGAAGUCACGACUGA